AUGUCUGAGGGACCCCAAUCUUCAAGUCUCGGCAUGGAUUUCGUUGCGUUGCCGAAAGUAGAGUUGCAUGCCCAUCUCAGCGGCAGUAUCAGCCGGGAAUGUCUUCAUGAUAUAUGGCUCCAAAAGAAGGCUCAAGGAGAAACUACCUUGGAGGACCCCUUAGUUGAGAUGCCAGCUGGUAAGUUCGAUUACGAUUUGGAGACCUUCUUCCCUCUCUUCUCCAAAUACAUCUACGAGCUCUGCAACGACCUCCCCUCCCUGAUCCAAACCACCAACUCCGUCCUCUCAUCCUUCUCCUCCGACGGCGUCGCCUACCUCGAGCUCCGCACAACUCCCCGAGCAAUUCCAUCCGCAAAAAUCACCAAGGAUGACUACAUCCAAACGAUCCUCUCCUGCAUCGCCUCAUCCAACUCUUCAGACAAGAGUAUGAAAAUAAACCUCAUCCUCUCCAUCGACCGCCGCAACACCCUCGCCACAGCCCUCGAAGUCGUCGCCCUAGCGCUGAAGUACCGCUCCCAAGGCGUCGUUGCCAUUGAUCUCUGUGGUGACCCAGCAGUCGGCGAUGUCUCGAUCUUCGCACCGGCGUUCAAAAUGGCUCGAGAUGCAAACCUACCUAUCACCAUCCACUUCGCGGAAUCUCCUGCUUCGUCUACGCCUGAGGAGCUCUGGUGUUUGUUGGAAUACAUGCCGCAGCGGAUCGGUCAUGUGAUCAAUGUGCCAGAUGAUGUGAAAGAGGAGAUUGUGAAGAGAAAGUUGGGACUGGAGCUUUGUUUGAGUUGUAAUGUGCAUGCGAAGAUGAUUACCGGGACGUAUGGUGACCAUCAUUUUGGGUGGUGGAGGGAGAAGGGGUGUCCGAUUGCAUUGAGUACAGAUGACGUCGGUGUCUUUGGCAGCAGCCUGUCAAACGAGUACAGACUAGUCGCCGAGCACUUCAAUCUCGACCGUACCGAAAUAUGCGAGCUCGCAAGAAGCGCAAUUGACACGGUAUUCGGGACUGAGGAGGACAAGCAGAGAUUAAGAGAAGUGAUGUGGUAA